CGAAUUCACAUCCGUGCACCCGUAUAACCAUUGAUUUACUCAACAACGUGCCUUUUCCAAGAGAACGUCUGAGAUCGACGUUCGAUAGUGGUGGGAAUAAGAUAAGGUUCCCCGCACUACUUGAACUAGUUGUAGUCGCACGUUUGUCGGAAAGAAGUCCGAGAUGCACGUGAUAUGUGGACAACCUUUAGAGUAUCCAAGCAAUUAUAGAAAGAGCCAAGGUUUGGCCUGCGAUAUCUCCUUUCUUUUCUACAUCAAUUCUUUAACACUAUUCUUUCCCUUAUCCCGUUUCAAUCUACCCGUCCUUUCGUAACGUUACCAAUUCGUCGCGACUAUUUUUACAAUGCACAAAUACGUUGUCUCUCCAGAGCAGGUGGCUCAGUACAAUAGCGAUGGCUAUCUGCUCAUCCGCGCCGGAGAACACAAUCUUGUGACCGGAGAAGAACUCCAAGCUUGGUCGAAAGAGGUGCAAAGCUGGCCACGAGAGAAAGGCAAAUGGAUGCCAUAUGACGAGAUAAACGAAAAUGGCGAGAGACAACUUAUGCGCACAGAGAACUUCGUGGAUUACCAUCCUAAGUUCAAGGCAUUACUCUGUGGAGAGAAUCUGAGGGGUGUUAUUGCGCAGCUCACUAGAGGCGAGAUGCUUCUUUUCAAGGACAAGAUUAACUACAAGAGCGGCUUUGGCAAUGGAUUCCUUGCCCACCUCGAUGCCCCAGCCUAUGACCACAUCGGAGAAAUCGAGCAUACAACGGCGAAUCUCGCCGUCAACGCCGCAACGCCAGAAAAUGGAUGUUUACAAGUCGUGCCAGGAUCGCACCGCAUGAAGGUUGAUUUUAUCCACGCUGGGAGAAUACAUCCAGACUGGGAAAACAGUCACGAGUGGGUACUUGUACCACUUGAAGCAGGCGAUAUUGUUUUCUUCGGCUCCCACCUUGCUCAUCGGUCUUUUGCAAACCGGACCCCAGAGUCGCGCACUAUGGUCUACGCAACAUAUCACUCUGCAGCAGAUGGACCAGAUCUCAGAGAAAAGUACUACAUUGACAGACGUGUUGUUUUCCCUCCGGAUCAUGAGCGCGUUGCCGGGGAGGAAUAUGAAGUAGGCUGGAAGAGAUAUGGCUUUGCGGCACCAUUCUCAAAACAAGAUGCUGUCGCUCAGGAGAGUGAGGUUAUGGUAUAAGUGCUGCGUGUGUUUCGGGGUUAUUUGGAAAGAUAAAAGGCAAUGAAUGAAUCGAGGGAAACACACAGAGGACUUUGCAAAAUUGCUAUUGAUAUUUGGGAUUGUAUACACUUGAUAAGGGUGCAGACUCUAAUGUAGACUAUAAUUUUAUUUCUUUUUUCGGGGACUUACCUAUGAUUCAAACCCAAACUUUUACAAAGGGAAAUUGUAUAAAAGCGUUUAUAGACUGUAGUAUUUAGCUAGCAAAGUACGCGAAGACAGUAG